GCCGAGGAGUGGGUUCCACUUAUUGUUCGCGUCGAUUUCAUUCUAGAAAAACCGAAAGCUGGAGUUCAUUUUAAACUUCCUGAUGAUGAUAAGCAAAAAUAUAAAUCUCAGACAAAUUCUCCGACUUCUCCAAAUCAAAGGACAUUUCAUUAUAAUCAACCAGUCGCAAUUCCAGCACAAUAUAUUGGUGUAGUGUGUGGUCCUUUCGUUGACCCAUUUGUGCUGAAUUAUCCUCUUGAAGCGCUUCCUCCUAAUAGACCAAAGAUAAUUGCCUAUAUUUCUGAAGAAUGGCAGCACUGGUUAUUACCUACUUUAUACCCUGAUGGUGAUGAUGAACCUACAGAAGAUACUUACUGGCUACAUCGAGCAAUGGAUUAUUUCAUUGAAGAAUAUUCUCAUUUUAAUUUACACCCUGAAUUUGAUAAAAAUAAUCCAACUGUAAAACCCGGAAGCUUUCCAUUCAAGCGAUUUCAAAUAGUUUUCGUUGACCACUCUUACUCCGAAACAAGGCGUGCUUUAAUAGCUGCAUUGGCACAGCAGUGGUUUGGAAUAUUUAUUCCUCCUUAUUCAUGGUAA